AUGAGGGUCUUCAUGUGCUUUGAAGAUUCCUGUGAGCAGUUUGAUGUCCUUCCACAUCAGACUGUGGGGGCCAUGAAGCAGAUGAUGAAGGAUAAGUUUCUGGUCCAACUCUCAGAUGACAAGCAGCAGCAGUACCUGGAGCUGAGCUUUGGCGGUGCAGUGCUGCAGGACAGCUGGGCUCUGUGCGACGUGGGCAUCACAAGUGGCAGUGCCAUCCGAUGUCUGAUAAAGAGUGAACGACGGUCUGUAAUGCGUGUGUUCAACGCUGUGACAGGAGAAACCUUACCAAUCAUGGGAAAUGAGACUCUUCUGCAUAUGUCCGUUGCUAGAUUGAAAACGUUGGUGUCCAUACAAAGCGGCCUCCCUGUCAGUGUCUUCAGACUGAGCACACCUGCUGGUGUGCAACUCUACGACUGCAACCAACUGCAUGACUACACCACUGAAGUGGGCAUAACUCUUCGUUUGGACACGUGGGAUGGGUGGGUGGAGUUCCUCCAAGGUUGCCUCCUGGGCCACAGAUUGACAGUCCAGAGCCACCUAUCAGAGAAAAAGCCAGUAAUGAGGUUUCAGCUGCAGGUAGCACUCUACAUUGCUGCCUCUUUAGGCCACCUGGAUCUGGCAGGCUGGCUGCUGGAGAGGGGGACGCAUGCUGAGGAACCAGUGGGAGUCCAUCCAUACCGCCAGUGGUGCUACCAAACUGCCCACCGAGACACUGGAAAGAGUCCCAUCCACAUAGCUGCAGAGAGCAGCCAGCUCCUCAUCCUCAAACUCUUCAUCACCAAGAACCCUUUGACUUUGGCUUGUUGGGACCCUGCAGGUCAUGACCCUUUGAAAGUUGCCAUUCAGUGUGGUCACAGGGAUUGUGUGCGCUAUUUAGCCAACAAGCUGUGCUCAGUAGUAUCCCUGCCAAACAUGUCCCUGCCCAUGCGUAUCUACCUCCAGAUAAAACGCUGGGUGAGUUUGGGGCAGAAGAGGGCAGCCUCCAAUCGAUGCCUGUACACCAGCACUGCAUUCAAAGCCAGGGUGGGAGACAUCCUGCUAGUAGAUGGUUUCAACCAGACGAAUAUGUCUUCCAAAUCCAGGAAGGCUGUGAUCAAACAAGGCAGGAGAAUCAAGGCCAAAGCUUUGCAGCUCUUACCUCCCACCAACAACUUUCUUCCAGAGUCAAACCUCCCCAGCCUGCAGACAGUGAAACCUGGUGACUUUAAAGAGACGCAGAAAAGACGGAAACAAGCUGUAAAAAAUAGAGAAGAUGACCUAAUGAAUGAAAUCAUAAAGGAUGACAGCAGCUCAUGUAGGAACGUGUUUAUACUCCCACCAAUCAGAGAGAGCAUACCAAGGCUGAUGUUUAUUGGUGCAUCUCCGAAAUCUUCCCAUAAUCUUACUGCAUCUCUGGAAUCCUUUCACCACAGUGGCCGAACACCAAGAGAAAAUGCCAUAUACUGCUUGACUAUAGCCAGUACCUUCACAGAGAAGCCUUGGUUGAAGCAGCUGAGCAUAGCACGCACCCUGAUCAGGAAGCACGUCCUCACCAUGGCCUGA